AGCUGAGGAGACUUUCUGAACUCCAGCGGGUGAUCUGAGGAGUAAACCAAACUAAAGUGAAGUAAACUCCAGCGUGUGUUCGGAGAGUGUGUGUCAGUGUGAGUGUGCGAGAAUCUCCGGGAUGAGUGUGUGAGUGGUCCUCGGGUCAGUGGUGUCCGCUGAUGGAGCCCGGAGCCCCGCUCCUCCUGCAGCCGCUCCGCAGCUCCUGCAUCCCCGCGGGCCCGGAUGGCUGAAGCGGCGGGCGGGAUUUACUCCACUGUACCGUACUCUACCCUACAUUACGCGGGAUAUGACCAGUGAAUGACGAUGAGGAUGAUGAUGAUGGUCAGCUGGAGCGCUUUUCUACAGAUCUGCUGGCUACUGAUGGUGAGAGCAAACCAGCUGAACCCCGGAGAGCCGAGCGGCUGCCGGACCAACACUCCACAGAGUGAUCUGAACUCCUUCCUGUGGACGAUCAAGCAGGACCCUCCGUCAUAUCUGUACGGCACCAUCCACGUCCCGUACACCCGCGUCUGGGACUUCAUCCCGCAGAACUCCAAGCAGGCGUUCCAGGAGAGCAGCGUGGUGUACUUUGAGCUGGAUCUGACGGACCCAUCCACUAUCUCAGCUCUGUCCCGCUGCCAGCUGCUGCCGGCGGGCCAGAACCUGCAGGACGUGCUGCCUCCAGAACUCUACCUGCGCCUCAAGACACACCUGGAGUACGUCAGACUCAUGCUGCCCUCCUGGAUGACCCCUGAUCAACGGGGAAAGGGUCUGUACGCUGAAUACCUGUUCAACGCCAUCGCCGGGAACUGGGAGCGCAAGCGUCCGGUGUGGGUGAUGCUGAUGGUGAACUCGCUGACAGAGGCCGAUAUAAAGACCCGCGGGGUUCCGGUGCUGGACCUGUACCUGGCCCAGGAGGCAGAGCGCAUGAAGAAGCAGACCGGAGCCGUGGAGAAGGUGGAGGAGCAGUGCAGUCCGCUAAACACACUCGACUUCUCUCAGGUGAUCUUCGCUCUGAAUCAGACACUGCUGCAGCAGGAGAGUGUGCGGGCCGGCAGUCUGCAGGUGCCCUACACCACUGAACACCUGAUCACACACUACAACUGUGGAGAUCUGCACUCCAUCAUCAGCCACGACAACACACAGGUGCCAAACUUCAACAACGUGACUCUGCGUCCCAGUGAUCAGGUGACAGCGCAGCAGAUCGACAGCUACUUCAGACGUGAGCUGAUCUACAAGCGUAAUGAGCGCAUGGGCCGCCGCGUCACAGCCCUGCUGCAGGAACAGCCACAGAAAACAUUCUUCUUCGCAUUCGGAGCAGGGCAUUUUCUGGGGAAUAACUCUGUGAUUGACGUCCUGCGGAGAGAGGGAUAUGAGGUGGAACACACACCUGCUGGACAACCACUGCACAGACGGUCGGGCUGGAGGUCUGCAGAUCCCACAGACACAGAGCUGCAGCCAUUCCUCCACCACAGCAGGCAUCAUGAGCUGCAGCUUCUGGAGGGUCUGGAGCUGUUGGAGAAGGUGGAGCACAAGCUGAAGAAGAAGCACCGCAGAAACAAACUCAAGAAACAGCGGCAGUUCAACGACCUGUGGUGCGCAUGGAGAGGUGCUGUGACGUCUGAGGCUCCACCCCCUCUCAUCCGCAUUAUCAACGGUUACAUCACUGUCCAGACACACCCACAGGAGCAUGAGAGUGCCAAUCACGACAGGACGUUUUCAGGCUCCUCCUCCUCCCAGACAGGCCCCGCCCUCAGCGUGCUGGCUGUGUGUGUUCAGAUGCUCCGACUGCUGCUGUAAUGAACAGAUCCUGAUAAACUCUGCAAACCAGCGCGCACUCAUGACCUCAUUUCCUGAAGAGUCACUUCCUGUACAUAGCAGAUGUGUAUUAUAGAUGCCUUUAGGAG